AUGUGUAUAAGAGAGUGGUACCGGGACCGGGACGUGGUACCGGGACCGGGACGUGGUACAGGGACCGGGACGUGGUACCGGGACCGGGACGUGGUACCGGGACCGGGACGUGGUACCGGGACUGGGACGUGGUACCGGGGCCGGGACGUGGUACCGGGACCGGGACGUGGUACCGGGACGUGGUACAGGGACCGGGACGUGGUACCGGGACGUGGUACAGGGACCGGGACGUGGUACCGGGACGUGGUACAGGGACCGGGACGUGGUACCGGGACGUGGUACAGGGACCGGGACGUGGUACCGGGACGUGGUACAGGGACCGGGACGUGGUACCGGGACGUGGUACAGGGACCGGGACGUGGUACCGGGACGUGGUACAGGGACCGGGACGUGGUACCGGGACGUGGUACAGGGACCGGGACGUGGUACCGGGACGUGGUACAGGGACCGGGACGUGGUACCGGGACGUGGUACAGGGACCGGGACGUGGUACCGGGACGUGGUACAGGGACCGGGACGUGGUACCGGGACGUGGUACAGGGACCGGGACGUGGUACCGGGACGCGGUACCGAGACCGGGACGUGGUACGGGACCGGGACGUGGUACGGGACCGGGACGCGGUACCGGGACCGGGACGUGGUACCGGGACGGGGUACCGGGACCAGUACCGUGUCCCCACGCUCUUGUCCCCAUCACUCCCCCCGCGUGGGGAUCGGUCCCCCUGGUUUACGCAGACGCGGCCUCGACGCGCGUAUGAGUUAUUGAACCCCUGGGGGGUUACGGCCCCCGGGGGUUGGGGUUACACGCGCCCCGGGGAUGGCGGGGG